UAAAAAUACAACAAAGGGUAAAAAUAAGAUUAUAACGACUUAGAGAGCUGUUUCAAAGAGCAUACGUAAUAUUACUACUACUCUGCCGGUCGAACCUAGGAACUUUGAUAACAAACAUCGUGUAUUUUAAUGUCUGUUACGGUUUAGCUCUACUGCUUCAUUAAUUUUGAAAGAAUGGCUGCGAGAUUUCUGAGGAAAAUAUCAGGUGUGGCAGUAGUCGGAGGUGCCUUAGGCUUGGGGUGGUGCGUAGGUGCUUCUGACAUUGGCAAGUCAGGGGUGCUGGCAGAUUUAAUGCCAGUGAAAGUAUUUGCUGCAACUCUUCAGGGAAGUGUUCUCAAAACAGAAGUACAGGAUGACAUUCCAUUGCCAGCACCAAAUGCUCCACGUAUUGCUCAGAUUAUGAGAUUUGGCUUUCCAAGUCUUGCAAAUGUCCGGUCUCUGGAUGACUUUGUCGUAGGUUAUGAUACCCGGAACCGAGUUCCUUACUGGGUAUGCGAACACUUAACAAAGGAAAGCAUAGCCAAAAAUCCAAAUGUGGAAAGAGCUAAGUGUGACUUCCACGAAGAUGCCUCUAUUCACCCGUACUUUAGAUCUGAGAACAGCGAUUACAAAGGCAGUGGUUUUGACCGAGGCCACAUGGCAGCAGCAGGUAACCAUCGUUUGACACAGGAGAUCUGUCAUCAAACCUUUUUACUCUCCAAUAUGGCUCCUCAGGUUGGGAGAGGGUUUAACAGAGACAAGUGGAAUGACUUGGAGCAGUAUUGUAGGAAAAAAGUAUUUGACAGUGCUAAUGUUUAUGUCUGCACUGGUCCUUUAUUUAUUCCCAAGCGAGAGGAGGAUGGCAAACUGUAUGUCAGGUAUCAGGUUCUGGGCCAGAAUCAUGUGGCUGUUCCUACACAUUUUUUUAAGGUCAUGGUCACAGAGACAAACGCAGGAGAGCUGGAAUUGGAGUCCUUCCUCUUGCCAAAUGUUGCUAUAGAUGAUGCCACUCCCUUGUCUACUUUUUAUGUGCCCACAGAGGUGAUAGAGAGAGCAUCUGGCCUCCUGAUGUUUAACAAGAUUAAUCGAAGUAAGUUCGCAAAAAUAAAUGGGCAGAAAGUUGGUUGGUUUUAAUUCCGUUGGUAGACAAUUUGUUUGAGAAUUUUAAUGUUGAUUAUGUUGAACAUGUUUUUCUAAUGAUGAAAUUAAGUCUCAUGCAGCUUAAUUUGAUGAUUAAUUUCAGAAAUUUAUGAAUUUUUUUAUUUGUUAUUUCAUAAAUACUUGUAAUAUGAAGCAUACAGUUGCCCUUUAGGAAUAAUUGCAAUUGCAAUCUUAUAGUACUGUAGUUAUUACGUACUUAGUUUCUAGUCUAAAUUAAUUCAGAAUUUGUUAUAUUUGACGAGUACAGUUUAUAUAGUCUUACUUGUGCACGUAUAGUGUAUUAAGUGUCAAUAUAUUUUUGUUUCUUAUAUAAACUUGAAAGAUAUGAAGUUCCUAUAUAAACUUGAAAGAUAUGAAGUCUGAAAUAUGUACAUAUGAUUUUUGUAAAACCUUAAUAGUACAGAAAGCUUGUUACUGUUUUUAUGCAUUGUACAACAUAUGGGGUGUAAAUGGUGAUCUCUAAAUUUUGUUAUAAUGCAAGGGAAUACCGCUCAAUUAUAUAGGAUUUUGAGCUUAGUUUGGAAACUUGUGGUUAUGGGGAGAUAGCUGGAAUCUAACUUCAAUUCCUGAAAUUAUUAUUGUCGUUAGGUAACCAACUUGUGUCAUCCUGGUUAAUUCUUUUAUACACAAAUUUAUCUAAGAAAAAAAAGUUUCCCUUAAAUAAAAGAGAGCUUUUCUUCUCUGUUAUAUUAUGGAUUAGGAGGUUGUGGAGAAUAUGUUUUUAAGAAAAAUGUGCAUUUUGCACUCUAAGGUGUAUUGGCUCUGAAGGCUGAGGAAAAUUGAAAUGUUUUCUAAUUGGAAACUAUCAUGAGCACACUUUAAAUGUACUGUAAUAUUGAAUUAUUAUGUGGGCUACUUAGGAAUAAAUAAAACUAUUUCCUUUCAUAAAAUACAGUAUAGCUAAAUUAUUAGGGUCCCUGUGAGUUUUUCAUAACAUUACAAGCUGGCUUUCUUGUGUUAUCUCAUGUUAAGAGUUACUGAUCAUCUUAUUGUAGUAAAGAUGAUCUGUUAUAUUUUUUCAUUAAAUAGUGAUCUAGUCAUUUUGUAUCAAAACAGUGUUGCUGGCUACUGACUUGGGAAAAGGUUUUGUAAAUAAUGAAAAAUAAAAGAAUGAUCUGUUGACUUA